ACGGCUCCUGCAUUGCAUGCUCGGGCAUCGAACGCUGCAGAACCUCUCGAUCUUAAUAUAUCUAAACGUAAACAUGGCUCCUGUCAAUGAAAAAGUGUUAAACAGCGCGGAAUACGUUCCUGCGAAGAAAGCCCUACCUGAAGUGAACUCGGAUAAUGUAAAUGGCAAUGGAAAUAAAGCCAGCUCAUAUUCGUAUGAGACCCUUGUGGAAACAGCGAACUUCCUGCUGUCUCGAACCUCGGUGCGGCCUCACAUUGGGAUUAUCUGCGGGUCUGGGUUGGGUGCGUAUUGGAAAGAGGGCUCAUUAGCAGAACACAUAGAAGACCCAGACAGUGUAGACUAUGAAGAAAUCCCUAACUUCCCCGUCAGCACGGUGGAAGGCCAUCAUGGCAGACUGGUGUUCGGCAAGAUAUCGGGCGUCCCAGUGGUCGCCAUGCAGGGUAGAUUCCACUAUUAUGAAGGCUACCCUCUUUGGAUGUGCUGCCUACCGGUUCGAGUGAUGAAACUCCUGGGAGUAAAAACUUUGAUCGCUACAAACGCAGCUGGCGGGCUCAAUCCCAACUACAAAAUCGGAGACCUUAUGAUUGUGAAGGACCACAUCAACAUGAUGGGCUUCGCUGGAAACAAUCCCCUCCACGGACCCAACGACGAGAGAUUUGGACCUCGCUUCCCUCCAAUGAACAAGGCGUACAACUUAGAAUAUAGGAAAAUAGCGAAAGAAGUGGCGAAGGAACUGAAUAUAGAAAACAUCGUACGCGAAGGCGUGUACACCUGUCUAGGAGGACCUAACUUCGAAACUGUAGCAGAAUUGAAGAUGUUGAAAAUGGUGGGAGUCGACACAGUGGGUAUGUCGACAGUACAUGAGGUUAUCAUCGCCCGUCACUGCGACAUGAAAGUAUUCGGUCUGUCGCUGGUGACCAACGAGUGCGUGACGUGCGAGGACGCGGCAGACGAAGCCAACCACGAGGAGGUGCUCGACGUCGGCCGCAUGCGGCAGGAUAUUCUUCGCAAAUACGUCUCAAAACUUGUUGAGCGAUUCGCCGCGGUAGAUGGCUUAAAUUGACACUCAUCUUGAGAGUUGAUUGGUUAAGUAACUGAACAAACGGCGAUACUUUCCAAACUUGAAAACGCAACCUCAGUUGAUUAAACGUAGUUCCUCAUGAAUGCUUCGAAUAUCGAUCAACAGACGAUCGCGUGGCCAACCGCUGUAUGGUAGCAGUUGCAGUACACCACUACCUUUGUAUGUAUCGGUCCUGCCAUCCUCGAUCUCCUGGAUCCAUCUGAAGAAACGCUUAAGAUUAAGUACUUAACGACUCUCAAAUCUGGCUGUGAAUGUUAGCAAAAUGGCCAGAAGGUAGGUUGCGGCACAAAACAUGACAAACAGUUCACAGAUCCUUGUUAAAACCUCCACACGUAUUAUAAUUUUAUACCACCAGUAAUUUAUCCAGAAUAUAUGGAAUAUCAUAACCUACACCUUAGUGUAACCUUCGGUACCCCUAGUGUAAAUAAAUUCGAUUUCGAAACGUGACGUACGCGUUUGCGUUUAGUCUCAUUUUGUAGGUAUUGGAUUUAGAAAGAGCGCGCCAAGCGGGACGUUUUGGAAACUCAAAAUCCUAUACAAAAUGAGAUUUAACGCAAACGCGUUCGUCACGUUAUGAUGUCGAUCAAAUUUACACUAGGGGUACAGUACACAGGUCACGUUUCGAAAUCGAAUUUAUUUACACUAGGGGUACUGAUCAUAACAUGUGUCAAUACUGUCAACUCAACGUGACUUCUACACGUGAGAAAUUGCUUUCUGUAUGCACCAUCCAAUUGUCCUGUUAUCACAUUGGGUCGUUCGGGUCAAACCAACAAGUUGUGAACUGAUAAUUCUCAUGUGACACUUGGCGACUGGCGACCACCUGGUCUUGCCAUGAUAAAGGUAAUGCCUAACUAAAUAUUAAAUCGUACCUAUACAUGAAUUUAAUGAUAAAAAGUCAAAACUCCUAUAGGUAUAUUUUUUGAAUAAUGACAAAAAUGUGUUUUUGUUUAUGAUAGUGAUAGAGCGGAAAAGAGUACUAAAUUAAGAAGUCUAAGUGAAUCGCUUGUGAUUUUAAUGUUGUCAUUUACUAUCUAUUAGGACCUUAGAAUCUACUUAAAAUAAUGUAAACAAACAAAACCCCGUGACUCGUUACACAUAUAAACUUGAAAUCGUUAGACUAAUGAGGUACAUUUUAUGUAUCUAUGACUACAUUGCAAAACGACUCAACCACGGGAUUUCGUGUGUUUACAUACAGUUUUAAUCACGUUUUAAUGUUCUAAUUUACUAUAGAAGCAGUUUAUGUUAGUUAGAGGCAGAAUAUGACGCACUUAUGGUAAUUGACCAUCUUUGUACCAUAUUCUAAGGAAUAAACAUUUGUGUUUGUGUUUGUAUUUAGGCCUAUAGAAACUCUUAAGAAUAAUAAUUUAGACAGAAUAAGUAAACCAAUUAUUAGAAUUAAGCAUAAAAGAAAUAUUUAUUGUUAAUUUUAUGCAGGUUUUUAAUGAUAAAAUAGAUAUUUUAAGGGUAUUUUCUUGGCUGUAUUUUACCCAGUUAUAAUAGCAAUUACGUAUUAAAUGACAAUAAAUAUAUAUAUAUAUAUAUCACAUCUGCGAGUAAGGUACUUUAUGAAAGUAAUGCUUAAAAAAGGUUGUUACCUACUUCUUUGUCCGAGAAAAUGUCAAGAUUAAUGCAUUUAUAUAUUUUCUUAUUUGAUUAUAUUAUUAUUUAAAUGUUAUAAUAAAACUAUAAUUAUUUA